CCUGCGCAAACAGCGUAGUCAGCGGAAGGUCGUUUGUUUUUGUCAAUGUGGCUGACUGUAACGUCGCUGAAAGUGUUACAAACUCUUAUUAUCCAAGUGAAAACACUGCAUUACACUGUACUUCAGGAUCUUGGGUGCUGGUUCUGGACAACACACAGCUUUUCUGGUGUUAUUGUGCCUUUUUGGAGCAGCUUUACUGCGUCUUUACGGAUUUGGAGAAGAAACUGGAAGCUCGGGAUAUUUGAUUGAAGUUGCAUGUUGGUGAAAAUGUCCUCCAAGUCGAGCUCGAACAGCAUGGCCCUGGCGAGGAGGACGGUACAGCAGCUCCGGGUCGAGGCCAGUAUCGAGAGGAUAAAGGUGUCCAAAGCUUCGGCCGAUCUCAUGCGCUACUGCAGUGAACACGCCAAGUAUGACCCCCUGCUCAUGGGCAUCCCGGCUUCAGAAAACCCCUUCAAGGACAAAAAGCCCUGCACUUUAUUGUAGUCGCCACCACACUUCACCUUCUCUCUUAUUUAAUUAACACUGCCUUCACUCAACACUGCCUUCAUUCUCACCCUGUAAACUCACCGCGGGUUUGUAAUCACAGCCCAACCAUUAGCAUUGUUUUGUUGUUAUGAAUAGCGUAUAGUGUGUGUGUGUGUGUGUGUGUGUUCCUUUGUUCUUGUUGUUGUUGUUGAUAAUGAAUUUAAUGCAUUCCAGGGAAUUUGAGUAAAAUCUGUGCCAUUAAAUGAAUCCGUAUCGGUCUGUAUGAGAGAAAAUAAUUUCAUCCCCAGUUUCAUCGCUGCAUUAUUGCUCGAUGUUAAACAGCAUAUUUUGAUGGCUUGUUUUGUUUUUUUUAAGCGAGAGAGCUAUAAAUUCAUGUAUAACUGUUUGCACAAGCCGCUAUCUUGAUACAUGAUCUAAAAUUGGAAGUAUUAUGAAUGACGUGUUUAAAAUAGGAAAUUAUUUGCUUUGUAUAAUUUACAGUUUAGAUGUGUGGCAAUAUGAUGCAGUAUGAUUAAGUAUUUCAGACAGUUUUUACUCAAACCCAAACGGAGUGAGUGUUACCUUUGAGGAGGCCACGCCCUUUACAUAUUCAUAAAACUCUACAUUUAUUUUUAAGUUUUACAAAUUAGAAACUGCAUCUUUUAAAAGACCAGUGCUAUAUCUCUUUCUCUCUCUCGCUCACACACACACACACACACACACACACACAGUGUACAUGAAUGUAAUAUGGAGAAAAGAAAAGUUAGACCUCGAUAAUAAACCUGUUGUUGUAGUAUAAAUGACUACAGGACACGUCAUGUUGUUCCUCCGAAGUGAAGCUACGAGAACAUCAGAUUACAUCACACUGCACCUUUAACAUCGAAAAACAUCACCUUUAACCCACUGCCCUCAAACACUACAGACUCGAUGGUAUGUUCUCAGAUUGGAAAAGCUUCAUUAUAACACAAGUUAUUUUUAGAGUUCUCUGUAGAUUGUGAUCUUGUAGAAAUUCCUUUACAGUCAAAACACCACUGGCUUUUAAUACUUAAAAGCACGUACGAUCCUGGUCGCUAUUUUGAGGAUUGAGUUUAUACACUUCAGAAGCUGGAGCUUAACUAGCUACCAGGCUUUGACAUCUGAUGCAACGUCUUUUGGAAUUGUAAACGAAACUAUGUAUAUGCAAAUUAAAUGCGUACGUUUUAAAAUCUUCUGACUCCGACGCUAACAAUCAGAAUUAAAUGUUUUGUUCGAUGGAGAACGAGGGAUAAUUUUCAAACCUGACUGAAUCGAAGCCGUAGUUUUAUUCUGAGUUCAACUUUAUUUAAAAAAUACAACACUGAUGAAAUCUUGUUUCAAUCUUAAAUCUGAAACUCGCCAAUCAGAGAUGUUGCUUAAAUACACGACGAUGUUGAUAAAAGCGUGCGAAAAGUGGAAGUGAUUCAGCGACAUUCAUAAUAAUAAUAAUAAUAAUAAUUAUUAUUAUUAUUAUUAUUAACAUUUCCCCCUCCCCCCCAAAAAAAAAAGUUUAGUGUUGAAAUCAUUUUCAUGACAUCAUAGUUCAUCUUGUAGUUGUUUGGUUUGGUUCAAUUAAUUAUUUUUUUUUUCUGGAAUGUUUUUGUCUAUGGAGAAACCAACUGAGGAAUUUACUUCCAGUGGGCGGUGCUGCUGAGCUCAGUUUAUACACCAGCGAAUUUGAGCUAACAUUACUGAUUAGCUAUCUCAGAAGCGACAGCAAAUACAAUACUUUAAGCCGCUUGAUGCUCAGUCUAAGUGUAUUAUAAACUAUCAAACUCCGCCCCUUUCAUGUUACAAGUGGCCAGUGACAUGCCGUAGGUGUUACAGAGAAUCCACAGAGUGCGUGUUUAAAACAAGACUUAAAAUACAAGAAGUGAAGAAGAUCCUCCUCAAGUGACAUAUAUACCUUGUAAUCCGUUGUCUGUCUGUAAGAUUGAAUGUUUGUGUUCUUGGCGAUGCUUCUUCAUUUCCAUCCCAGUGCCGUGAUCCCACCUGGAACAAUUCUGUACAUCCUCUUAAUCCUGUCUUCUAAAAUAUUGUAUUAAACUGAUGAUACAAAAUGAA